CAUCGCUUCGACAGUGGAAACUUAUAAUUUGCCUCGAGUUCACGUUCGGCGAAGAGGCUCCGAAGAUUGAUGUACACCUUCGUGGCGAUCAACCGAGGGAGACAUGCCUUGCCGUCAGACGUACGAGAUGAACAAGCGGGAGAUAAACAAGGCCGCCCAACGGGACCAGUCGUACAGGAACUGCCUGAUCGCCCUGCUCAUCUUCUUCUUCCUCUGCAUCAUCCUCAUCCUGGCCUGCUUGCCUUGGAAAACGCGAAGUCGGCAGGGAUACGGCAAUGAUGAGCAUGGCGAUCCCAAGUCACAGCAUGGGGAACGCGUAAAAGAAUCAGAAGACAUCAUGAGUGCGGCGACCACGGUAGUCGACGAUGUCAUCAAAAGCUCGAAUGUCUCCUGGAGGGAGGACGUCGAAGGACCUGAUACUCAUGAAGAUUUCAAGGACGGGAAAGCCCAGGACGAAACAACGACUCCUAGCAGAGGAAUAUUCAUGGCAGAGUACGAAGAUUACUUUACAGAAGAUAGUUCAGAAACCAAUACUCGCCAACCCGAAGAAGAUGAAGCCGUGACUGCGAGCGAAGACAUUAUGGUCGCGUCGCGACAGGAAACCCCAACUUCGAUGUCAUCGACAUUCUCGAUCGGUCUCGUGGAAAAUGUAACUGCAAAUUCCACUGACGGGUAUGUGACUUCGACAGUUGAGGGUGCAACUGGCAGAGUUACAUCUUCAAUGUUAUCAAGUCGACGCGCCGAGGAAGCUACAACUGUUCAAUAUUUCUCCGAUGAAUAUCUUAGUUCGGAGGAACCAGAACUUGGUAUGGCGACUGAUAAUGUUGCAAUCUCGACAUCAUCGACUCAAUCGGUCGGUCUCGUAGAAGAUGUAAAUGCAAAUUCCACAGCUGGACAUUUGACGUCGGAAGAUAAAGAUGUAAUCGGCAACGUGACAUCUUCAACUUUACCAACUCGAUUCGCCGACGAAGCUACGACUGUUAAAUACUCCUCCGAUGAAUAUCUUAAUUCGGAGAACCCAGAAUUCAACAUGACGACUGAUAUUGUCACAACUUCGACAUCACCGACUCGACCGUCCGAUCUCACGGAAGAUGCAAGUGCAAAUUCCACCGACGAGUAUGUAACCUCGAGAGUUAAAGGUGCAAUUGGCAGCGUUACAUCUUCAACGACUGGGUUCACCGAGGAAGCUACAACUGUUCAAUAUUCCUCCAGCGAAUAUUACAGUUCGGGGAAGCCAGAACUCAGUGCGGCGACUGAUAAUGUUAUAACUUCGGCAUCAUCAUCAAUUCAGCCGGCCGGUCUCGCGGAAGACGCAGUUGCAAAUUCUACCGGCGAAUAUAUGACAUCAGAGGCCAAUGUCGCGACCGACAAUGUUGCAUCCUCAACAUCACCAACUCGAUUAAAUUAUCUUGAGGGAAGUUCUACUGCAAACUCUAUCGACACUCACGAGAUAUCUAGAACCGUUGUGACAGCGAUAAAUCCUUCGACAAAUUUGGAAGAAAAUACAAAUACUGAAAAUUCCUCCGAUAGCUACCAUUAUCCGCAGGAAUCGCAAUCUAUCGCUACAGUAAUUUAUCGCAGAACUACAACACCAACUACAACUCAAUUCAAGGAAGAUGAAUUUACGGAAACUUCUACUGAGGGAUAUUUAAAUCGCAAAAAUGAAUCCACGACCACAUACGACGGGGCGUUAAUUAACAGUGAUGACGCAACGAGAGGAAGCUCUCCCGUCACAGAGGAUAACACUCUAUUUCUAAGUAAAGAUUUCCCCACUACUACGGCAACUACGGGAAUUACAAACGUAGCUGAAGACAUAACGAACGUCACGGCAAGUGCGAGGAGUCAAAACGAAGCUGUCGAAAUAAUGUAUAACGAAAGCACGACACCUGUCGCAACGGAGAAAUCUUCCACAUAUAAUUAUACAAAUGUUUCUGCCUUUUCUACAUCGACUAUGCCGAGAAUUCGAAUCACUUCCUUCUUAAGCCACAACAACACGACCACAACGGCAUUGCCACUUCCUGACGAGGAAAGAGAUGUUUGCUACACAGAGCACUGCAAGCGCACUGCCAGCAAAAUGCUAUCCUACAUGAAUCACUUAGCCGAUCCUUGCGACGACUUCUACGAGUACGCUUGCGGCGGCUUCGAGGCGAAUCCGCAGGUGAUAGACGGCGAUCUGGUGCGACAGACCAAAAAUUACCAGCGAAUCGCCAGACAAAUGGCAAGCGAGAAACGCGAGAUUGCGCAUUCGGCUUUCGCAACCUAUUACGACAGCUGUGUGCAAUACGAGAGAACCGUGAACUUCAACGAAAGGGUGAAGAUGGCGAUCGAUGCGUUAAAGGAUGUAGGAAAAUUUUACAUAAACGCCACUUGGUCUGAUAAUUACACGGACUUCACCAAUUUGUUCCUUCAGUUGAUAUUACAUCAUAGCGCUCUUUUAUUCGACAUCGUGCCGAAAUUCGACGAGUUUCAUCCGGCCCAUUUCACACUGCAAAUAAGUCUCCCGAAGUAUGAGAGUCCUUUUAUGACGGAACACGCGGACGAUUUGUGUUCCGAGGACGAGUUGGAGACAGAGGAACAUUAUGUGGAUCUCGAAGCUUUGUACGGCAAUUACAAAAAGUGCAAGAAAAACGAGGAAGAAUUUCUGAGAUCCAUCAAGGAAGCGUUAACAGUAUUCAGAGUAUUUAAAGACUUCAACGAUAGUUAUUUGACGUUGGACCUGCAAUCUCAAUACAUAGAAAAGACUGUUCACGACGUCGAUUCUAUUAUUAUGCGAGGAUACUUUUCGUACUUUCCGUCCAAAGACAAAAUCCAGGAAGUCUAUGCAAGGAACAUUUACGACAAAAUUAGUUUGAAGGGUUUGCAUAGCUCGCUCGUAAAUUGGACGCAAUUGGUUCACUCACUAUUAGGGGCGGACAUGAUAGAAGCGAACUCGAUAAAUGACAAUGAUUUGCACAUUUAUCUGUACGGAGGGCUGAUGAAAGGUUUGCACGAACUCAAGCAAUUCGCUAAACAGGAUCCAAUGAGCCUGAACAACGCGAUCAUGGCGUUAUACGCGCACAAGCUUUAUCGCGAGUUGGUUUUAUCGAGGCGUAAUGACGUGAAGAGUCAUUGUUUGCAAGUGGCUACCAAUCUCUUGCGAUUGGAAGCAUCCAGCUUAUACAUAUCAUCCUUUUCCAACUACGAAAUUAGGAAGAUGAACGAAUUGAUAGAGACUUCGUUCAACGAUCUGAAACGAACAUUAAAACAAAAAACGGAGGAAGCGGAAUGGACCAAAGAAAGUGGACGAGAGGGUUUGUUAGCGAAAGUCGACAGUCUCACGCUCAGCUUGCCUGCCCUUUCUUAUUACAGAGACAGAGAUUCACUCUAUAGCGAUUAUAAUAUGUCGCAGACCAUUCUGUAUAGCAAUUACUUCAACAACUCGAUGAUUCUGCUAAAAAGAUACAGGACCCUGAUGUACGCCGUAUUAAGACAGGUUGAUGGAGAGAAACGAAUUUGGUCACAUUAUGCGACGCCAUUUCAACCCAAAGCUCGAGUGAUUUACGACUCGAAUCUCGUCGUGAUCCCUUAUGGCAUCACCGAUUGGUCCUCGAUGAACGAAGUGCAUACCUUGAGCUACAUCCUGCUGGCGACGCUCGGAAACUUAAUAGCUCAUCAGAUCGCGCAUCAUUUCGAUGCGAAUGGUUUAUUCUCUUGGACGUUAAGCAAGAGCAUGAUAUACGAGGAUGAGAUGAACGAAAUGAACUCUGACGAUUACAUCAACUGCCACAAGGAUAACUUAUACCAAGCACCUAUGAACUUUACAUUACCCUACACCGAACAAACUGUGUCUCUUACGAUCCCGCAGUUGACCUUGAACGAGCGGUUGUCUGAUAUUGUGGGACUCAGACUAGCCUAUGACACUUUGGCUCUCACGAGAUCGAAUGCGGAAAAGCGGCUCCCGUGGAUAAAACUCCGCAUCGAGCAAUUAUUCUACCUCGCCUACGCUCAGAUGUAUUGCACGAAGUCGCCGCUGACGUCGUCGUACGUGUCUCUGUACGAGAGCGAGGACCUGCCGAGCCGGAUACGCGUGUUCGUCUCCGCGUCGAACAACAAGUUCGUCGCCGACGAGUGGAGUUGCCCGAUGGGCUCGCAGAUCGCGCCUAACGACGUUUGCAGCGUGUUCCCGUACAUAGACUCCAAGGAGAGCAUGCGAGCCCCGGUGUGAGGACCGCUUACGAAAACGUGCGAGACUGCAGUCGGCUGCCCGCGGACGUUACGAUCUAGCUGCGAGAGCGGUCGGGAAGGCUGAUCGACGAGUAAAGAGGAAGCGUCAAACUCGCGCGGUCGAGGAAGAGAGCUCUAGCCGAUACGCCUGGAUUCCUCGCUACUCUCGUUUCAAGAUUGAAUCCGAAAUGUUACGCGUCUACAGCGCGUAGGGCCUCCGUCCGUCGUAAAACGACGAAUGGAUUAAACACGUGCCAGUUCAAUCUUGAGGAGAAGAGCGCAUUGCUUCUCUAUCUCUACGGAGAGUGACUCUCAUGCGUGUGCAAUAAAUAUUUAUGUAUGUAUAUAUAUAUAUACACAUGUAUCUCUCUCUCUCUUUCUCUCUUCCUCUCUCUAUAUGUAUCAUAUAUGUCUUAAGCUUAAAAGCAGUGCUUCGGUACGCGCGCGUUCGCAUCGUUCACAAAACACUAUUAACGCUGGGGAAAGAACAGAGAGAGAAAAUUGAUAAACGAGCGAACAACUUAA